AUGGCAGGGCAGGCGUUUAGAAAGUUUCUUUCCCUCUUUGACCGAGUUUUAGUUGAAAGGAGUGCAGCUGAAACUGUAACCAAAGGAGGUAUUAUGCUUCCAGAAAAAUCUCAAGGAAAAGUGUUGCAAGCAACAGUAGUAGCUGUUGGAUCAGGCUCUAAAGGAAAGGGUGAAGAGAUUGAACCAGUUAGUGUGAAAGUUGGAGAUAAAGUUCUUCUCCCAGAAUAUGGAGGCACCAAAGUAGUUCUAGAUGACAAGGAUUCUUUCUUAUUUAGAGAUGGUGACAUUCUCGGAUAGUAUGUGGACUGAAAUCAUUAUUAAAAUGGCAUGAAGUGAA